AUGAACCAGUUCAUGCUUUGCUUUUCAGAUGCACUUGUGCCAAGUGUUGGACUUAGGUUGGUUGGACCGUAUGAUAUCCUCGCUGGAAAACACAAAAAAGCAAAAUCAGCAGAUCUGGACUUCAAUCUUCAUUGGAGAUUCUUCUAUGAUCCCCCAGAGUUCCAGACUAUACUGGUUGGGGAUAGCAAAACGCAGUAUCACAUGGGAUACUUCAGGGAUGUGCCAGAUGAGCUUCCCGUGUGGGUUGGUGCGAACGAAGCCAAGAAGGGCUGCGUGAUUUCACAAGUUGGCGAUAACGUCUUUGCUGCAGUCAAAUUAUUUUUGUCAAAAAAACUGAAGGAAGCGAGCGAUAAAAAGAAAAAUGCUGUUUUGAAAGACAUUGAUGAAAAGCUAACAAAAAUGGCAAAAGAACUGGGAUAUUCUCUGGAACAGAAAACCCUGAAGAUGAAACAGAGAGAUAAAAAAGUGGUGACGAAAGCGUUUCACGGGGCCGGCCUGGUCGUUCCUGUAGACAAAAAUGACGUCGGAUACAGAGAACUUCCUGAAACAAAUGCUAAUCUUAAAAAAAUUUGCAAGGCCAUUGUGGAUGCUCCUACCGAUGAGGAGAGGCUGAAGGCCUUUGCCCCUCUUCAGGAAAUGCUCACCUUUGUCCAGUUUGCCAAUGACGAAUGUGACUAUGGCAUGGGAUUUGAACUGGGCAUGGACCUGUUCUGCUAUGGAUCCCAUAAACACCCGUGCCAGAUCGCUUCCUCUGGCAAAAGCCGCAUCGGCUGCGCGGCGCUGCAGAGCAUCAGGCGGAAAG